UCUGUAUAUAUACCCGUCCAGACCGUGCACCUGCGUCAGUAAAGCAGCGUUUACCUAUUCGCACAGAAAUGACCUCAACUGAGGGAAACACUCCGACGACGUACAAGUUGACAACCUUGGACAACGACAUCAACCAACACUUUCAGGAUGCGAUUGAUGUGAUUCAGCAGCAUUCAAGUAAUUCAUACUAUGAUUCAGAUUACACCUACUACGAGACUCUGGGCGCGCAGCAGCCGUCUCUUCAAUGUCAGAUCUCCUGCUGCCUCGUCACGCACCAGUCGGACGUCCCAACUCCUGUAUACGACUGGAAUGACACAGCUCAGUCUUGGCCUCAGACCAUCCCAGACGUCUCCUUGAGUCACUCGUUGCAGAGUGAAUCCCCACAUUUCUACUCCAUCUUACCACCGCAGAGGAACAGCAAAGGGCGUAAGAAGCUCAGGCUUUACGAGUACCUCCACGAAGCUCUGAAUGAUCCCAGCAUGGGAGACUCAAUCCAGUGGACGGACAGCGGCACCGGCACCUUCCACUUUGUCUCCAAGAAUAAGGAGAAGCUGGCCGAGUGCUGGGGCCAACGCAAGGGCAACCGCAAGACCAUGACCUAUCAGAAGAUGGCGAGGGCUUUGAGAAACUACAGCCGCACCGGCGAGAUCAUCAAAGUGCGUCGCAAGCUCACCUACCAGUUCAACCCGGACAUCCUGCACAGACUCGGUUCCACGCAGGUGUCCGUGCACCUGCCCUGCCACGCGGCGCAGGAGGAGGUCCACACCCAGCAGCAGAACCCGGCAGAGCAGAGCUACUGCGGCUCCACGGCGGCGGACUGGCACAACUGGUACGCACACUACCAGCUGCAAGAAGACUACGACCUGGCCUCGAGCUUCACCUCAUACAACUCGUCCAAACUCUGAGCCGGAGUUUUCGCACAGAAGGAAAAAAGACGAAAUCCUUUAAACUGUGAAAGUUUGAAGAGUUUCACAGACUCAGCGCAUGUCAUUACAUGUUAAACUAUUAAUGAAUUGACAAAAAGUGUCAUUAUUUUCAGUUUUACUGUAAUUUAAGUUGUAAAUAUGAGUGAACAGAAUGUCUAGAUUUAAAUAAAACUUUGUUUGUUUUUUAAAUAUAUUGUUCUGUAGCAGUUUCCAGUAGAGUGUGCAUGUUUUUUUAACAUACUGUAUCAUUUAAUAAAAAAAAAAAUUAAAUAAGUGUAAAGCCUGAAUGCAUUAUUUUAAAUUUGUUGGUUCAACGUGGAGGAAUAACACUGUACAGUACUUGUAAAUAUUUUUUAAUAAUUUCUAAGAUAAAAUUAAUCAAUCGAUCUCUUUAAUUUGAAAGAUAUUUUACCUACUUUUUUCUGUUUGUUUGGUUUAAGUCAGCUCCGUCUACAUGUUUUACUGUACGUUACAAAACCUGGAUUGUGUUGUGAAAUCGUUGACAAUUAAAAUAAAAUGUGCAUUAUUAAGAAAAA